CAAGUUGGAAAUUUAGUGCUGCCGUUUCUCUUUCUAGGGAAAAUGUUUGUUCCCUUUCUCAUUCCCGGCCAGAUUUAGGCAGUAAUUUUGUGUCGGACUCCCGGGUGAUAGGGUUCAAUAAAGCGUGUGUUGUAGUGGCCCUGAACAACCCCAACACAGCAGCAGUCUGGUACACACGUGUUCUUCUCUCACAACAACCUCCAUCAGUGAAAUGAUGACCAUGGGGAAGAAGGUAGAUUCUGAGGCUGUGGAGAAGAUGGAUUCUGAAGCUCUUGAAAAGAUGGAUUCUGAAGCUCUUAAGAAGAUGGAUUCUGAAGCUCUUCAGAAGAUGGAUUCUGAAGCACUGGGUGAGAAGGUGAAUUCUGGGACAGUGAGGAAGAAGGUGAAUUCUGGGUCUGUGAGGAAGAAGGUGGAUUUGGAGUUUGGUCCAGGAACAAUAGAGUCUGGAGAUGAAAUUGAUCAAUUCUCAGGCUCUGGGUCAGAUAGUGAAAAUGAGGUAUUAUACAGAGCAGAUAGAAUGCCACAUGAAUCUGAUUUUUAUAAGGACUUCACAUUUGUGGAAUCUACUCGAGAUUAUCUGAAAGACACCUGGGACGAAAUUUUCAAGUAUAUAAAGCCCAAAAAGACAGUGAACAUCAGUGAAACCAUUGCCAAGAUACGCUUAGAGGAGAAGGAGAAAAAAAUGAAAAAGGAGAAAAAAAAAUUGGAAAAAAGUGAUGAGGCAAGCAUAAAAACUGAAGACGACAGCGAGUGUUCAGACACUGACUUAGAGGGUCUCUCUGAAGAUGAAUUUCUGCCAGAUGUAAAGACUAAAGAUCAAUUAAAACAAAGAGAGAAUGAAGUCAAACGAAAAGCAAAAUUAAACGACGAGCCAGUAAAAAGGAGAAAAACACUAAAAGAAAUCCAGCAAGAAAAAGUUGAUGCUGAAUUUUUUGAAGAUGCUCCUCCAUGUGUUAGUGACUCCACAUUCUUAGAGAUGAACUUCUCAAGAUCAAUAUUUAAGACUCUUGUUGGCAUCUGGAAGAUAGGAAGGAGGAGAGAGGGAGGACUUAUUAUUGCCUCAACCACUGCCUUUACCACUGUCUCCAUCACUACCUCCACCACUGCCUCCACCACUUCCUCCGCCACUGCCUCCACCACUGCCUCAACCACUGCCUCCACCGCUAAGGCAAUUGAGAGUUUAGGCUAUGACAGCCCCACUCCCAUCCAGGCAGCAACUAUUCCUGUAGCACUUCAAGGUCGGGACAUCUGUGGAUGUGCUGCAACAGGGACAGGCAAGACAGCAGCAUACAUGCUGCCUAUUCUGGAAAGAUUACUCUACAAGCCAUCAGAAGAUAUCGUAACUAGAGUGCUGGUAUUAGUGCCUACUCGAGAACUAGGUGUGCAGGUAUUUCAGGUUUCAAAGGAGUUGUCUAAAUUCUCCCAUAUUGAUGUUGCAAUGUCUGUUGGUGGUCUGGACCUUCGAACCCAAGAAGCAGUGUUAAAGAAGGUUCCAGAUAUUGUCAUAGCUACACCAGGACGGUUGAUAGAUCAUCUACAGAACACCCCUUCCUUCAGCAUAGACAGUGUUGAGGUCAGUUUGAGUAGAACAUUACCAUUGCAUAUUUGUGCUGGUAUUUUCUUUCAGAAAGAACGGAAAAAUUUCUCUUGCUGUGAGUGUAAGUCAAAGGUGACCUCUCUACGAGGAGCUCUUGGCUGUUUGAUUAAGGCUUAACAGACCUCCUCAUAA